AUGUCUGAAGCAAAACAACCAACAGUCGAACAAUUGACCCAACAAGUCAAUGAAUUAUCCCUUUUAGUUAAAAAGCAAUCUCAACUAUUAACCAAAACUGGUGAACAAGUGUUACAUUUACAAGUCAAAUCUCAAAGAGAAGGUGUUGAAGAUUUCGAUCCGAAAAGUCUAAGUGGUAAAGCUUCUCAAAGAAGAAAGGCUCCAAACUUUGACACCACCGAUUUUGCAACAAAUGAAGAUAUUGUUCAAUUAGUUGGUGAAUUACAAGGUCAAUUGGAAGUUAUUGAAGAAAGAUCAAUUAGAAGAUUAGUCAAUUCACAAAAGAAAUCUGGUGAUGUUUUGGCUCCACAAUUAAAUAACGAUGGUGAAGAACCUCCAUUAGAAUUAUAUCCAAAGGAUAUUGAAGCUUUCACCAAGAUUAAUGAUGAAACUUUAGUACAAUUGGCCAGAUUCUAUGAAGUUUUACCACCAACUGAAGAGGAAAGAGCUAAAUUUGAAGAUUUCGUUGAAGGUAAAUCUGAUAAUUUAGAAGCUGAAGUUAAAAUUGAUGCUUCUCGUUAUUCAAAAGAUGAUUUGAACGAAGCUUUUGAUAAAUUGGCUAGAACUUUAGGUUUAAAUGUCAGAAGAACUGUUGAAGCUUGGUAA